GCGCGCGCAGGUUACCGUGCAGCUCCGCCGCCUGCGCCCCGCGGAGUGUCGUCGUUAGGCGGCCGGCAGCUGCUGCUCCUUCUCGCUGGGGAUUGUGGGAGAAUAAGGAAGGAGCUCACCGAGCCAACGAGCCUUCGAACCGGAGACAUUUUUCGCGAAAGGAAGGCUGCUACCGACUUGUUGAGUCAUGUCGAGCCGAGGCGGCAAGAAGAAGCUGACCAAGACCUCCCGGUCCACCAAGGCCGGCGUCAUCUUCCCUGUGGGCCGCAUGCUGCGAUACAUCAAGAGGGGGCUGCCCAAGUACCGCAUCGGCGUGGGAGCGCCCGUCUACCUGGCGGCCGUCUUGGAGUAUCUGACCGCUGAGAUCCUGGAGCUGGCGGGAAAUGCCGCCCGAGACAACAAGAAGGGUCGCGUGACCCCACGACAUAUCCUGCUGGCCAUCGCCAAUGACGAGGAACUCAACCAGCUGCUGAAGGGCGUGACCAUCGCGGCCGGCGGCGUCCUGCCCAACAUCCACCCCGAGCUUUUGGCCAAGAAGAGGGGCGCCAAAGGCAAACUGGAGACUCCUCUCUCGCCCGCCCCGGAGAAGAAAGCCAAGCCGGCCAAGAAGACGGCGGCCAAGAAGCCGAGCAGGAAGAAAGCGGCGGGAAAGGCCAAGAAACAAGGGGAGGCCAGCAAGACGGCGUCGGCCGACAGCACCACCGAGGGGUCUCUGGCAGACAGCUUCACCGUGCUCUCCACCAAGAGCCUCUUCCUGGGUCAGAAGCUCAACCUCAUCCACAGUGAAGUCAGCAACUUGGCUGGCUUCGACGUGGAGGGGGUCAUCAACCCCACCAACGCCGAACUUGAUCUAAAAGAUGACCUAGGCUCGGCCCUGGAGAAGAAAGGAGGGAAGGAGUUUGUGGAGGCUGUGCUGGAGCUGAAGAAGAAAAAUGGACCCUUGGAUGUGGCUGGUGCCUUGCUGAGCGGCGGCUUCGGUCUUCCCGCCAAGUACGUGAUCCACUGCAACAGUCCAGCCUGGGGCUCGGACAAGUGUGAGGACCUCUUGGAGAAGACGGUGAAGAACUGCUUGGCUCUGGCAGACGACAAGAAGCUCAAGACUGUUGCCUUCCCCUCCAUCGGCAGCGGAAGGAACGGCUUCCCCAAGCAGACGGCGGCCCAGCUGAUCCUGAAGGCCAUCUCCAGCUACUUCGUGGCCACCAUGUCGUCCACCAUCAAGACGGUCUACUUCGUGCUGUUCGACAGCGAGAGCAUCGGCAUCUACGUGCAGGAAAUGGCCAAGCUGGAGGCCAGUUAGGAGAAGCAUUUCAGGACUUUGGCUUUGCUAAUCGUUUUUGUUUUCGUACGAAAAGAAAUCUUUCCAACGGCCGGGGAACCUGUUCUAAAAUGGAGGUGUUUUGUUGUUCAAUUUCAGAUAAGAAGUGAUCUCAGACACGCUUUCCGGAGAAGUCCUAAAAAAGAAGGAAAGAAAAAAUAACGGGUAACUGCAUGUUGACGGCAGUAUUAUUAUUAUUAAUGAUAAAAAAAUAAUAAUAGUAAAAAAAAAUCUUACUUUUCAUCUCAGCGACACUUUUUGUGUUUUUACGUGUCGCCUCCGUACGCAAAUGUCAGAAGUACACACAAUCACUCGCUUUGUUUGUGUUGUGUUGUCGUGUUUCCGUUCGUGCCCUGCAGAUUUUUUAAUUUUUUUUUUCAAGUGGAAAAAGAAGCGAACACCCGCCCCAUCGGCGAAAAGUUCAAAGUGCGUGUUUUUUUUUUUGCAGAGCGCUAAGAUGUUUCUCGGUGGAGUUAUUGUGAAGAGUUCUAGUUUGUGACACAGAUCACGUCUUUUAAUUUGGAAGUUCUUAGUGUGUUUUGUCCUCUUGUUUAACGUGAAGACCAUUCUUAUUAUUACUACCCUGCUUUGGCCGCUAGAUGGUGCACUGUAAGAGCAGGUUUUGGUUGUAGUUCCUCCUUUUUAAAAAAAAAAAAAGUUGGAUGUAAUCAAAAUGAACAGAACUUUUCUUAUUAUUCUAACAAAAAAAAAUGCUUUCUAAUUAUGACUACUUACUCAUUCUACAAGAAAAAAAAAGUAAUAAAAUAUCUUUGAAAACA